CUUCAAGCACGCGGAGCUUUGAAUUGAGUCAGUUGACGGGUAUUUGCCAUACCGAGCAGGUCUCCCUUUGAGAUAUUGAGGAUUGUCGAAUUUAAACGGAUUGUCAAGCUCCUGAACUUACUCUCACUGAUCGCCGUAUUUUUUGACGUCUUUGGUCUUAUUUCCGAAAGUUGUGAUACCCAAAGAUUAAAGUCUCAAAUAACGAUCAAUGUAACACUAUUGCUAUUCAAGAGAUGAUCAUCAUCUAUUCUGAUUAAACUGGGCAGCUAUCAUCAACCUCAAGGUUUCCUAUCGGAAAUGUUGGUUUCCGACUGAAUGCUUAUUAGCUCAGUUCUCUUUCUGGUAGUCUGGACUAGUUCAUCAUUCGCAGAGGAAUCGUCUUCCAGCGAUGCCGCAUCCGUUAAACGGACACCCAUGGGAUUUCAAAGUAUGCACGGGAACAAGAACCUUAUCCCCACGGUCGCGGAACACAAUGAAGUUUCCAAAAGAACGUUAGUGGAUUUCCAAGAUAAGGAUUUGAGUGCACCUGAUAUUGAAGACAAUCUUCUGCACGAUGAGUUUGACAAACGAGCGCCGAUGGGAUUUCAGGGUAUGAGGGGGAAGAAAGACUAUUUGAUACCUGAUUUUGAAGAUUCCUACUUUCGUGAAGAUUAUGAGAAAAGAGCGCCAAUGGGUUUUCAGGGUAUGAGAGGCAAGAAGAUAUUAGAAGAUGAUUACUAUAAACGCGCACCCAUGGGAUUUCAAGGAAUGAGAGGGAAAAAAUCUUUGGAGGAGAGUAUCGAACUGCAGGUGCUGAACGAAAUUGAAAAGAGGAAAGCGAUGGGCUUUUACGGUACUAGAGGGAAAAAAACGUACGUUUUCGAAUAUCCACAAGAUUACGAAAAGAGACUUCUCGCGACGGGAUUCCAAGGUAUGCACGAUAAGAUGAAAGAAUUUCCGGCAGAUUGGGAGAAAAGGGCUCCCAUGGGAUUUCAAGGGAUGAGAGGCAAAAAGGCAUUGCUCGACGAAAUAGAGGAACUUGAAAAACGAGCCCUUAUGGGUUUCCAGGGUAUGAGAGGCAAAAAAGACAACUUUGAGAAUUAUGUGGAUUACACAGAUUCUGACAUGGAUUUUGACAAGAGAGCACCAAUGGGUUUUCAAGGUAUGAGAGGCAAGAAAGAUACCGAUAAAAGGGCACUGAUGGGUUUUCAAGGUAUGAGAGGCAAAAGGAGUAUAGGACAAAGAUUUGGGACUGAUAUGGAUUUUGGAACUCGAUCGUUGCACGAAUAUCAAGGAAUGGGCGAUAGGAGACACUCUCUAGCCUCGUGCCAAGUCGAAAAACGAUCGCCUUUCCGAUAUUUUGAGAUGCGCGGUAAGAAAAAUCCACGAUGGGAGUUACGGGGGAUGUUUGUAGGGGUGAGAGGCAAAAAGUGGGCAAAAGCCCCAUACGAAGACAACAGCCCAUUCAUAAGGUUGUUUGAUAACAUCGAGAGGAUCGGCGUGGAUGGAGACUCGCCGGCAACAUUAGAUUCACAAUAAUACAGCAGCUCUUAGAAACGGUAACGCAACUGUUACAAAAUGUCUCCUCCAAAUAAUUAAACGAUGUAGCUAAAUCUAAAAACGAGAAAAGAAGAGGAAGAAAACGCGUUUAUUAGUUAUGAUAAAGAAUGCAAAUAUACUGUCGUUUGUUGAUUUAUCAAUGCGUUAAUUAAGACUUUGUUAUUAUAAUUAUUUUACAUAUAACAAGCCGAUCUUGAUCUAGUCAAUGUAUAUAAUUUGCUGUGUGUACACUAUCACUUAUAUUUUGCCGCUAUUAUAAGAUUCAAAAUUGCGUGCGUUGGACGCAGGUCGCAAGCCGCAAGUCUCGCAAUCAGAUACAAUCGCAGUUGAGGGUGUAAAUUCAAAGUGUAUACAAUGAACGUGAGAGAAGAGUUUUACUGCAGUAGUGUAGUCAUAAAAUAGUAUUUUGUGAAACUCUUGCUGCGAUUCCAUAAAUAACUCUCCCGUUCCGUAAAAAAAUUAGAUUUGCAUGUAAUUACAUUGUCUGAAUAUGUUACUCUAUACUCCUUAUCUGCGACUAAGAUAUUUUGAGAGAUUUUACAUAGAAAAAAAGGAAUACUGAUAUCUUCAUAUCAAACAUAUAAUUCUUAAAACUAUAUAUGUUACAUCUCAAAAUAUUAUCAAAAAUUUAAAUAUUUUAUAAAUUAUUCUACUAAAGAGAAUAAUUCUUAUUAAUUUUAAAGUUAUUUAAUUUUUAUUCCUAAUUCUUAUUUAAAAUCGUGUUUUGUAGUAUUUAUUUGCGAAUUUGACAGAAAAUAGCAUUCCAAAUUAAAUUAAAUUUUUAUCUAUUUUAAUAAAACUUUAACAGAUAUAGUGUACAGUUUAUUUACAUUUAUUUACCCACUUAAAAAUUAUUUACUUAAACUGCAGCAAAAUGAAAUCAUCUUCAGCACAUAAGCUAUUAUAAAUCAAAUUUUUGUUUGUUUUUUUUUUAGAUGGAUUGAUUUCAUAAAACAUCAGAUAUUUGCAAUCAAAAUUUUUAUUGUUAUUUGUGAGAUAAAAGAAAAUGAACCUACAAAAAAAAUCUGCUAUUAUUGAAUUUUUUCAAUAAUGACUUUUAGCUAUUGUAUGGAAAAAAUCCUUAAGUAAUUUAUCAAAUUAUUUAGAGAAUUUCUUUAAAAAAAUCUAAAUAACUUACGUUACAAAACUUAAGUACUUAAUGUAUUUUAAUUUUUAAAUUUAAAUUUUUGUAAGAAAAAAUUGUUCUUAAAUUAAAACAAGAGCUUAAUGCUUAAAAUUAAGUGUAUGAAAAAUGUCUAAAUUUCUAAAUGUUAAAUAAACUUACUGUAUUUAAAUAGAUAUAUUUACGUACAAUGCUAAUAAAAAUUAUGUAUCUCUCAAGUAAAGACUGCGCAUCAGAAACGAAGAAGUUUGUUAAUAAUUAAAAACAGAAGUAGGUUCUCUUUUUAGGUUGCUAUUUAACAUAGUUACAUUUUUACUUACAUAAGUGUAUUUACGAUUUGUGUCCUCCGACCUAUGGUGCAAAAGACAUGUUAUACUGACGAUAUGUAAUUAGCGAGAUUAAAUAAGUCAAAGAUAUCUUUCGUCGAUUACAACUGUACAUGUCAGCAAAAUCUUUCGAAAAAUGCCUAUAUCAACAUUAUUGUUAAUUUGUACAGGAUAUACAGAAUAACAAUCGAUAGUAGUGAUAUAUUCUUGAAUGAAUUUAUAGAAACGAUUUUUCCUUAAUAUAAAAUGGAUUUGUAUAAACAUUAAAUCUCUUGGACAUUUUAACUAAAUUUUCUAUAAAAAAUAUUAUUUCUGAAUUAACAAUAAAAUAAAAGUUUAACGCAUACUCAAAUUGGAUUCAUAAAAAGUACUUAAGUUUGUAAAUGUUAAACGAGCAGUUUUUAAAACAACGCACAAACAAGAUAAUUUAACCAUUACGGAAAAAUCGACUUAAAAUUCUUGAAAAAAUGCAUUUCUACUAUUAAUCUUUCAUGAAACAUUAACUCUACAAUUUAUAAAUUCUCUGCAGAAUUUAUUUUAUUUUAAUUUAUGGACACAUAUCGGCGCAAUAUUAUGACAAAGUAAUUUCACGUUCUCGAGUUCGAGAAAUAAGAUGUAAACGGGGAAUAGGUGGUGUGUAAGCUAAGAUUGAAUAGUGUAUAAAUAUCUAGCAUAUCUCGUGACAUAGAUAGGAAUUAUAUUUUUCUCUGGAUGUUAAUCGGUAAUUGUUACCGUGUAUAAAAUUACGUUUUUAAUAGUCUAGAUUGUUUUAUUUUCGUCUUCAAAUAAGAGGCAGAAUUAAGUAACGUUGAAGAGUGACCAUUUUUGUGGCCAUUGGUUGCGUUCAACGAAAUAAAAAUUUAAUUCUGAUCCUACUGAGACGCUUUUCAGUAUUCUUGAACUAAAACAUCUUUCUUAUGUGUUUAAUUUUUACAUAUUUCCUUUAAAAUAUGUAAUGCGAUGUUAUGAUAACAGUAUGUAAUAAAUUUCUUGUUGAGAAAUUAUAAGUUAAUAAUUUUAAUCACGCAGAAAAUAAAAUUUACGUUGUGUCUUGUACUUAUGUUCGUUGCAUAUCUUGUUAUAAAAUAAUAAAUUGCUUCAGGCUCUAAUAUUUCUAUA